AUGCAUCGCUCUUCCAACAACCCAUACAACGAGUCUUCGAACUCGAGAAGCUCAUCCAACCAUAGCACUAGCAGUGCUUUCAGCCCUAAUGCCAACCCCAACGAGGACUGGACCAAGAUCUCUGAUCUUGCUGAGCGUCGCCGUAUUCAGAAUCGCAUUGCUCAAAGAAAUUACCGGAAGAAGUUGAAGCGUCGUCUGGAGGAUCUGGAGAAGCGAGCUGCCUCAGCCUCAGAAUCUCCAGAACGGUCACCGGGGAAGACGGAAACACCCAAGACACAUUCCGUCAAGACUCGGGCCAGAAACAACCGAUCCUCGAAGUCGAGCUCCGAUACGAACAACCACUCCACUACAGAGCGCCUGCCUCCAUACGACUGCUACGGGAGCCAGGAUGAGCGAAGUGGCAUGUUCUCUCACCAAUGCACACGGCAAUUGUCGGCGUCGCCGCCACCCGUGUUCUCCUACCCCUCUUAUCCACACCUGGAUCCUUACAGACAGUCCACCUAUGGGCCGUCGCCGGUGUACAGCUCUAUCGCCAGUACGUACAGCGACUUGUCGUCAUUCCAAGGCGAGUACGGUACACCCGUGCCAUCAAUUUUGCCGCCCACAAUGGCUUCAGGGCCUGUUAAGCGGCCUCACACAUACGCGGAUGAAGAGAUCAUCAACCCUUUCAGCAUGAGCUACGCAACCAUGGCUGGUAUUGACUUGUGCCCGGCUCCUCACCACUCUGCUGAAUCCAACAUAUCUAUCCCAUCUCUCUCACAAAUCUUCGCCGAUGACCACUCCACUCCGUCGACACCGGCAGAGGGGUCCCUCCUCGGGUGUCCACUCACACCUGAAUCGGACCCGUGCUCUCCGCAUUCAUUUCCACUGUUGUGA